AUGGCUUCUUUCUUGCCGGGGGAUCUCACCAGCUGCGCGUCGCCCCACGCCCAGCGUCUUCUGCAGCUAAACAUUGCUGCAGAAAAGGUUUUAUUUCUAAACAAGCUGUUGAUUGCUGUCGGGGAGCAGCUGGAGAAGCUGCGGGAGGCCCUGGGGGCCUACAGAAGGGGCGAAGCCGGCCGUGCGCUCCCCAGCAGCAGCAGCAGCAGCAGCAGCAGCUGCAGCAGCAGCAGCAGCAGCAGGAUGGCAGAGACUUGCGCGCUGACGGAGGACUGGUAUUUAUUUGGGGAGACUUUUGUUGCUGUUGACUCCGAACAGAUUUGUUCUUUUCUUUUUCAGCGCCGCGAGCGCCUGCAGCAGCGCCGCAGCCGUUUGCUGCAGCAGCGGCGGGGGGCCCUCAGGGCCCUUUUGGCUCUUUCCCCUUCAGCAGCAGAAAUAGAAAGCAGCGACUGGGGCUUUCUUUUGAGGGACUCGGAGGCCAAGCAGCAGGCAGCAGCAUCAUCUGACAGUGAAUAG